AUGUAUUUGUCAGAAGAGUGGCUUGCCUACGAGCGGAAGCUGGGUUUCCGGCCUGUCAUCAUCGGCACGGCCCAGGAGAUCCGCACUGGGUACAACUCGCUUGCCCAGACCAUUGGCAAGCAGCUGCCGCCGCACGAUCCCACGCUGACAACGGUCUCGGCAGAAGGCCACCAGGUGGCGGUCCGGAUCUACAAGCCCCGCGAAGCCACUGAGCGGAAGUUGCCGAUCGGAAUAUAUGCCCACGGUGGAGGAUUCGUAGCAGGCAGCAAAUGGGAAAGAGACACCCACAACUGCCGCUACAUCGCCCAAAACACACCUUGCAUCCUCGUCUCGGUCGACUUCCGCCUCGCCCCUGAGCACCCCGUCCCAGCUCAGGUUGACGACGUGCUCGCCGGUUACCUCUGGACCCGCGAAAACAUUGAUGCCCUGAACGGCGACCCGGCCAAGGUCUUCUUGAUCGGCGCCUCGGUGGGCGGCGGGCUGGCGCUGAGCGUGGCCCUCAAGCUGAUCGCGCGGGGCCAGGGUGGGCAGGUGGCCGGCAUCGUGGCGCUGGCGCCCAUCACGAUGCACCCGGAGCACGUCCCAGACGAGUUCCGGGCCGACUACACGGCGUACGAGGAGAACGCCGAGGGCCCGCUCAUCAACCGCGCCGCCAUGUAUGUCUUCAACUCGAUCAACGGCUGCGACGAGCGCAAGGACGACCCUUACGUCUUCCCCGCCCUGCACCCCCUCCUCGGGUCCGAGCUGCCGCCCACCUACAUCUCCACCUGCGGCGCCGACCCCCUGCGCGACGAUGGCACCGUCAUCCAGCGCGCCCUCUCCCGCCACGGCGUCCGCUGCCGCCUCAAGAACUACGAGGGCCUGCCGCACUUCUUCUGGAUCUACCCCGAAAUCCCCACCGGCGACACCUUCCGCGCCGACACGGUCGAGGGUGUCAGGUUCGUGCUAGAGUGA